UGCUGCUAGCUUCACGUGCGUUUCACAGCAGCACGAGCGUGUCAGUAAUCUGUAGAAUUAAAAAAAGAAAAUAAAUCAAAAUGACGCAGUUAGACGGAAUCAUAAAACCAAAGACCAGACGGUCGAAGCGUUUCCUCGAGGGCAGAGCCCCCAAACUGAGUGAAGACGUGAAGAGUGUCAUGAUCAUGAAAGGAGGAAACACUAACCAGACCGUCACUCAGGCCCUCAGAGACAUCUAUUCUCUGAAGAAACCUGAUGCUGUGCUGUACAAGAAGAAGAAUAUAACUCGACCUUUUGAAGACUCCACAUCACUGGAGUUUUUCUCCAAAAAGUCCGACUGCUCUCUCUUUCUGUUCGGCUCGCACAACAAGAAACGACCCAACAAUCUCAUCUUAGGUCGUAUGUUUGACUUCCACGUUCUGGAUAUGRUUGAACUUGGGAUUGAGAGGUUCGUCUCCCUGAAUGAGAUUAAGACCAGUAAGUGUCCUGAAGGAACCAAGCCCAUGCUGGUGUUUGCAGGAGAAGCCUUUGAUACAGACAACGAGUACAAGCGUCUGAAGAGCCUGCUGAUAGAUCUGUUCAGAGGUCCCACAGUGUCCGCAGUGCGUCUGGCAGGUUUGGAGCACGUCCUGCACUUCACCGCCCUGGAGGGAAAGAUCUACCUGCGCAGCUACAGGUGUCUGUUAAAGAAGUCCGGCUGCCGCACACCCAGGAUCGAGCUGGAGGAGAUCGGUCCGUCUUUCGACUUGGUCAUGAGAAGAAGCCACCUGGCGUCAGACGACUUGUACAAGCUGGCUCACAGACAGCCCAAAGCCCUGAAGCCAAAGAAGAAGAAGAACAUUUCCCAUGAUGCCUUUGGCACCACGUUCGGUCGGGUGCACAUGCAGAAGCAGGAUCUGUCCAAGCUGCAAACACGCAAGAUGAAGGGCCUGAGGAAGAGGAGGAGAGAGGUGGACGCUGAAGAGGACAGGGAGGACUCCAAAGUGUCCAAAGUGGAGAAGUGAAGCUGAUUGGACAGAUUGGUGGACGUCACCUGGACCAGUCUGAGGACGUCUGUCCUCAGUGUGUAGAUUUAUCUAGAUCCCACAGUCAGUAAAUAUCUUCUGAGUUUUAAAUGUUCACCUACAUUUUGUCAAGUUUUUAAUUUCCUGUAAAUUCAUUCAACUUAACUUCACUCUGGUGGGAAUAAAACUUAUUUAAUUACUUUUUUA